GUUUAAACAACAAUCGUGACGAUGGUUUUAUAUUUUUCAUGGUUAGUUAAAAUGAACUCAGUUGAAAAUAAUCCUGAAAGGAAUAAAAACCUUCCUAAAGAUGCGGAAACGAUAAUAGCAGUGUUGCAAGAUAUGGGUGUGACGGAGUACGAGCCCAAGGUAGUCCACCAACUGUUGGAGUUUACAUAUCGUUACAUAAGCGAGGUUUUGGACGAAGCCAAGGUUUACGCAAACCACGCCGGUCGUUCCAAUAUUAAUGUUGAUGACACAAAGCUAGCUGUGAUGUCACAAUUGGAUAAUUCAUUCACUAACCCCCCACCCCGAGAUUUCCUGGUUGACGUAGCACGGCAGAAGAACACGAUUGCUUUACCACUCGUCAAGAAUUACUCAGCGGCCCGCCUUCCCCCCGACCGAUAUUGCCUUCUAUCUGUUAACUACCGACUCAAGGGAUCUGCCGAUAAAAAAAAUGUUCGGAAAAACUCUACAAAAUAUUUGACGACUUCGACGCAGAAACAUCUGUUUGCCAACCCCCAGGUUAUCAUGCCUUCCACAAAUGCAAAGCGGAAAUGGCAUGAGAUCGGAAACUACGACACCUAGUGUUGAGCAGCUCUCUUUAUUUUACAACUCGUGGCAGCAAACUUUGAAAAUACAAGAAAUUUGAAAUUUUCAACGAAAAAAAGUUUUUGCCCCUUUUUAUAAAAAUAAUCCCUGAGUGAAACCCCAAGUCAUGUGUUGUCUAUUACUACGUUGUUAUAAUGACAUCCAUGUAGUGCAUUCGCUAAUAAAGAUUCUAGCAUUAA